AUGAACGCAGCCAAGAUCCUGCGAAUGCUCGUCAAAUCAGCAACCACAGGCGACAGCAGCGACUCGGGGUCGUCACUCUCCGACGACGACGACAGCCCCAAGCGCCGCACCAGCCACAAGAGCGACUUUACCACCAGCGGCUCGAGCUCGGAGUCGGACUCGUCGGUCGAGGAUUCCGACGACCCCGAAGGCGAUCCUCAGCCGCUCUUUACACCGACCGUCGCUGCCGCCCCAGGCCGGAAACGCAAACUGGGUGUCGAUGCCGACUCUCGGCCAAAGAAGGCCAGUAAGUCGGCCCGGGCCGGCAAAUCCAUCCCCCCUGAUUUUGUCUAUCCAAACCUGUCGGCGAUCCUGCCUCGAUCCGCUCCCGCGACACCACAUCGUCACUCUGGAAAGAUGGUUCCCACCAGCCUGCAGCAUCUCGUUGGCUCUCCCACCCCGACCAUCGGUGGCAAGUCGGUUGCUGCCGCCGUGACCGCCGUCGGCUCCGCCCUGGGCAUGGCCGCUGCUGCGACAGCUCCCGCUCCUGCUGCACCACCGGCUGUUCCUCUGGCUGCGCCAUCACCAACCACCAGUAUCGUUGGCAAACAACGAGGCCCAAGGAAAGCGACCCCGGCCAAAGCCGCGGCUCAACGGCCGCUGAAUUCGAGUGGCGCUGCAGAGACUCUGUCGCGGCCGAUCCGAUGGCCCAACGACGUAGCCAACGACUGCAUCAAGGACGCUCCGCCGAGCUCGGGCUCCGAUGCGCUUGCGAUCCGCACUGCUCCAUCCUAUGGAAUCCUCUUUUACAUUCCCCUUGCCUGCAAGAGUCCAUGCCUCUUUUGA